AUGCGGCUCUCCGCAGUACAGAUACUGGGAUUCGCGAUAGGACGGGUGGUCCUAGCUCUCGAAGAGGGGGACGCAGAUGUUAUGUAUAAUGGGUUCAACGACGCCUUCCUCAUGACGUCUGGAGACGACAUUUAUUACAAGUUAGCGUUGGACAACGGGGAUCCGGACGAUUCGUGGCGAGGGGCUCUCGACAUCCUUGGAGUCACAGAUGUCUAUGAGCGGACUGGCAACCCGGAAUUGAAAGAUUUCAUAAAUCGUCUUCUAUCUACUUGGCUAACAAGUACCUGCCCGCCUCCAUGGGAUUGGGACGGGUGGAAUGACGAUCUUGGUUGGUUCACAUUAACACUUGUCCGUGGCUACCAAAUCACACUCAACGAAACCUAUCUCGAUCAGGCAAAGUCAGGCUUCGACUAUGCAUUUGAACGCGGUUGGGACACGGAGUACAACGACGGCGGCAUCUGGGAACAAAAUCCCGAAUAUUUGGGAGAUGAAGACACGCCGGCAAAGGAAGCUCUAUCGAAUGACAGCCUGGGGAAGGUAGCUUGUUAUAUCUAUCAGAGCACAAACGACCGGGAUUAUUUGGACAAAGCUGUGCAAAUUUAUGACUGGGUCCGCAGUCAUCUUUUCAAUGAGGAUACCGGACAGAUCAACAGGGCAGUCUAUGAAGACGGAAGCGUUGAUACCUCAGCAGCAACCUACAGUCAGGGGACGUGGUUAGACUAUGCCAAUCUACUUUACAUGAUCACUGGAGACGAAAAGUAUUACGAUGAUGCAGUAAAGACGAUCGACUUUGCCAAGUACAAUAUCAGUGACGAUGGGAUUUUCAAUGAUGAUGAGCCAGCGCGCGGUAUGGGGCAUUUUGUGCAAAACAACCAACUGUGGGAUACAUACUACUCGUGGAUGGUAUACAACGCAGACACCAUCUUAAAGAAUCGAAGAAGCAACUUUAACAUCACAUGGUUUCAGUGGGAUGAGCCCACGCCAGAUGACGAUGAUACAAUCCAGCCAAACGAUGCCGUUGGCGCAAUGGUAAUGCUUCAACACACACCUGCAACCCAGCCUAGUGAGAUCGGAGGGCGUCACGUUAUCACAAACAACAUGACUGGCUUGGCAGUUGACAGUAAUGGUGCUUAUGGUAAUGGCAACGGUGUUAUUCAAUGGGCCCUAGAUUGGAACCCCAACCAGCGCUGGAUACUCACUCAAAACUCAGAUGACUCUUCUUGGAAUAUUGUCAAUGUUGCAACGUGGCAGGCGCUGGACUGUCCGGAUGGAAGUGAUGAGGAUAACCUUCAGAUGUUCCAAUGGCAAUGCAACCGGGAUCCCAGCCAGCGUUGGUCUAUUGACCCACAAGGUGAUGGCACAUACAAAAUCACGAACCAAGAAAGUGGCAAAGUCUUGGACGGAGGUUCUGACAACACUAAUGGCGCUGCGUUGAUUCAGUCAAGUUGGAACGGCGGGCCUGAGCAGCUGUGGAACCUAGGCUAG